AUGGCGUCGAUCCCCAAGAAAGUUCCUAUUCCUAGGAGAGGUGUGGACUACAGGGGCAAGGUAGUACUUGCUCCUAUGGUGAGAUGCGGUGAACUACCUUCGCGACUACUUGCUCUUCACUAUGGAGCAGAUCUGGUAUGGGGUCCCGAGACCGUUGAUCGAUCCAUGAUCGGAACGACACGCAGAGUGAACACCGCCCUCAAUACAAUCGAUUUUACACGCCUCCCUUCCCAAGGUCAUCAGGAAAAGAAUACAAAUUUGACUGAAAGUCUCAUCUUCCGUUUGCAUCCAGAACUCGAAGGCAAAAAACUCAUAUUUCAAAUCGGCACAUCCGACCCCGACAGAGCAGUACAGUGUGCGCGCAUGGUAGCCGCAGACGUGGUGGGCAUAGAUGUAAAUGCAGGAUGUCCGAAGCCAUUCAGUACAAGCGGUGGUAUGGGAGCAGAGCUCUUACAAACACCGGAUAAGUUAUGUGCCAUUCUCGAGGCUCUAGUCAAGGAAAUUGUGCCGGAAUUCGAGAUUGGAAUAAGUGUGAAGAUACGAUUACUGGAAACUGCCGAAAAGACUGAGACCCUAGUACGGAAACUUUGUGCUACUGGAAUUACAGGCCUCACCGUCCAUUGUCGAACUACGCCUAUGCGCCCAAGAGAAAGAGCCAUUCGAGAACAACUCAAGAUGAUUGCAGACAUAUGUCGAGAAAACGGCGUCGCUUGUUUGAUGAACGGAGAUGUAGAAAAUAGAGACCAGGCCUUGAUACUGGCCAAGGAAUUUGGUACAGACGGUGGCAUGAUCGCUACGGCUGCCGAAGCAAAUUCAAGUUGCUUUAGAAGUGAAGCCGAUGGUGGUCUGGCACCAUGGGCUGAAGUGGUUCACAAAUACAUGAAAUUUUGCCUGGAUACGGAGAACAGAUUCGGAAAUACAAAAUACCUCUUGGCCCAUCUUAUACCAGGAAAAGCUCCAGUUUUUCGACCUAUUCAGCAGUCCAAGAAUUACCAGCAGCAGUGCACGAUCUUAGAACACAAAACUUUGCUCGAGCAGGCAAUCGAUAUAGACGACAAGAUUGGAUUGUCUGAUAAACAAGUCGAGGAGCAGAAACUCAGACAAGCACAAGCCAAGGCAGAAGCUAAGGCAAAAGUAAACGCAGCAAAGAAAAAGAGAAAGAACACCAACCAUGAUGGAGGAGAACAGAAAAAAAGUCGAAGUCUCGAGAAUCCAGCCCAGUCCUCGACUUUGAUCGAGGCGGAAGAGGCGCCUCUGACUGAACUUAAUUCAGAGUUGGCAAUCAGUGCUUAG